GAGAAGAAAGAAGAAGAAAGUGGGUCCCAUUUCUAUAAAGAUGUACACAAACGUUAAGGGCGAGGAGUUUGACAUCGAGUCAGGGGAGACCCUCUACCCGGGUCUCAGCCUCAGCGACAACCAGCUCCGAUGGGGCUUCAUCCGCAAGGUCUAUGGCAUCCUUUCUGCGCAGAUCGUUCUCACCACCAUCGUCUCCGUCAUAACCGUUUUCUAUGCUCCCAUAAACGAUCUCCUCAAGGGAAAUUCCGGCCUCCUCCUCUUCGUCCUCUUCCUCCCCUUCAUAUUCUUGAUCCCUUUACUCAAGUACCAACAAAAGCAUCCUCAUAAUUAUAUCUUGCUUGGACUCUUCACCAUCUCAAUUAGCUUCACUGUUGGAGUGACAUGUGCUAACACGGAUGGAAAAAUUGUUCUUGAGGCAUUGAUUUUGACCUCGGCAGUUGUUUCUUCUCUCACUGGCUAUGCCUUUUGGGCUUCCAAGAAGGGCAAGGAUUUUAGCUACCUUGGUCCAAUAUUGUUCACCUGCCUCGUUACUCUCUUCGUCACUGGCAUGAUGCAGAUGUUCUUCCCUCUUGGACCAACAGCCCAUGCUAUAUAUGGUGGAAUCGGUGCUAUGAUUUUCUCUGGUUAUAUUGUCUAUGACACUGACAACCUCAUCAAGCGCUUCACUUAUGAUGAGUACAUUGGAGCCUCUGUCACUCUUUAUCUUGACAUUCUGAACCUGUUCCUUUCCAUCUUGAGGGUGCUCAGGGAGGCAAACAAUUAGUCAUCCUGUGUGAAUUUGAAAUUGAAAUUGAAUUUGAAUUUGAGUUAAAUAUUUGAAACUACUUCGUUGCAUAUUUUUAAUACCGUAGCAAGCAUUGUUAAGGUACACUAUCCUUCUCUUGUAUUCCUUAACGGCUGACAGUACUUUGAUGACAUGGAAAAUUUGUAGCUUUACAGUUGUAUUUUAAGUGUGAUAUAAGAAUCUUCUAUGCCAAUUGUUCUUUUAUUUGUUCUGGUUGUUUUAUUUUAUGAGAGUUAUUAUACAGUACAUAUAUUAUCAUACCACCAUCAUGAUAUUGUAC